AUGGAUUCUAGAGCAAUGCAAGAUGAACACCCUCAUGAUGAGCAUGAGAAGAAAUCGGUUCUCAAGAAAGUGAAGGCAAAGGCUAAGAAAAUCAAGGACACAAUCACAAAACCAAAACAUGGUCAUCAUGAUGAUGAUCAUGAACAUGGUCCUGGUCAGGAGCAUGAACAAUAUCAGUAUGAAAAACAACAUAUUCCUGAUGAUCAUGACUUGGAUCAGGAAGAUGAUGAGGAUGAGCAAGACCCAGAAAUUCAUGGAGCACCAAUUUAUGAUAGUGUUGCAGUUAGAAAUGUGACACCACAUGUCCAAGGAGUGGAUUUUGGAGGAAAAACUCUUAUGGGAGAAGAACAUCAUCAGCAUGAGCCAGGUAGAACAUUUGUGAAGGAAGAGAGAACAAUGAUUUCUAAGGUUAAUUUGGAGGAAGAUCCUCAUGCACCAGGAAGUAGAUUUGAAGCAAAUGUUCCAGCAAAUUAUCAAACCAAGGUCACUGAUCCAACUGGGACAGGUGGUGCUGAAAUUGAUAUUAGUCCAAUUCAAGAAUCUAUGGAGAGAAUGUGUAAACAAAAUGAGCCAAAAAGUGUUCCAACUCCAACCAUUUGUGAAACACAAUACCCUUCACCUUGUGUUGGAAUUCACAACCAAUUUCCACCUGAGCUUUCUAGAGAAACCAAAACACCUUAUCCAUCAUCAACUAUAACACAUGACCAGAACUUACCACAACUUUCUUCUGAGAUCAAAACUCAAUACCCUAAAAACAAUGAACAGUUCACACCAGUUUUUAGUACUUCAACACAAACUCAACACCCUAGUCAUGACCAAAACUUGCCACAUUUUUCCAAUGUAACAAAAACUCAAUACCCUUCUUCUGCUACAACCCAUGAUCAUUUCACACCACAGCACCAUUUUGCUACAAGCCAUGACCAACAUUUACCUCAAUAUUUCAAUGAAACAAAAACUACACCAAUGUUGAUACCAAAUGAGCCUAAACCUGCAACAAGCCAUCUGCCACUGCCUUCUACUGGAAGGCAUGAUCAGUUUAAACCAGAACUGAUACCAACUGAACCAAAACCUCAACACUAUUCUGGAACAAGCCAUGACACAUAUUGUUCAGGUGCAAUGGAAUCUCAUGAGCCUCAACAUCAACACCAAUUCGCUACAAACAUGCCACAACAUUUCAGUGCAAUGAAAACUCAGUAUCCAUCUUUUGAGCCAAAACUUCAACACCAAUAUGUUACAAGCUUGCCACAGCAUUCAAGUGAAAUAAAGACUCCGUACUCAUCUUCUGGAAGCCAUGAUCAGCUAAGAGCAGAGUUACCAACUGAGCACCAUUCUCCACAAUAUUCCAGUGCCAUGAGAACCCAAUACCCUUCAGCUGGAAGCCAUCACCAGUUUAAAGCAGAUUUACCAAGUGAGCACCAUUCUCCACAACAUUUCAGUGCCAUGAGAACUCAAUACCCUUCUGCUGGAAGCCAUAAUCAGUUUACACCACAGUUUCACACCACUAACACAAACAUCACAGCUGAAGAUCAACCUCAGCUUCACACCACUAACACAAACAUCACAGCUGAAGAUCAACCUCAGCUUCACAAUGAAUCAACGGAGACCUUAUCAAAUAAAAGCAACGACAGUUACACCGACAAAAUGUACUCUGCAGCUUCUACCAUUGCUGACAAAGCCACAGAUGCUAAAAAUGCUGUUGCUUCAAAGCUUGGAUAUGGUGGUGAGAACGAAACAACCAAAAGUAGUGAAACACGGUCGAACCAGAACAGUUUUACAGAGAAAAUCUCGUCUGCAACAUCUGCAGCAGCUGAAAAAGCCGCCACUGCUAAAAAUGCGGUUGCUUCAAAGCUUGGAUACAAUGGUGAGAACGAAACAACACAAACUAAAAGUGGUGAAACACAGUCGAACCAAAACAGUCUUACAGACAAAAUAUCAUCUGCAACAUCUGUAGCUGUUGACAAAGCUGCAGCUGCUAAAGACAUGGUUGCUUCGAAGCUUGGAUAUGGUGAAAAGGGAGAAACAACAAUUGGUGAAACACCAUCAAACCAGAGCAGUUAUACAGAAAAAAUAUCAUCUGCAACAUCUGCAGUAACAGAUAAAGUCGCCACUGCUAAAGAUAACCUUGCAUCUAAGCUUGGAUAUGGUGAAAAAGGAGAAACUGGUGAAACUCCAUCAAACCAGAACCAAAACCAAAGUAGUUAUACUGAGAAAAUCUCUUCUGCAACAUCUGCAAUAGCUGAUAAAGCUGCAUCAGCUAAAAACACAGUAGCUUCAAAGCUGGGCUUCGGUGAAACCGAGAGAGAUUCUUCUUAUGAAGUGUCACCUGCAGAAUAUGGAAACAGAAUAGCAGCUUCCUUGACAGAGAAGUUAUCUCCAGUUUCUGAAAAAUUUACAACGGUGGAAAAUGAAAGAUGGAGUGGCGGUAUAGAACAAGAUAAAGGGGUGUCUAUAAAAGACUAUGUGUCUGAAAAGCUAAGACCUGGUGAAGAAGAUAGAGCACUUUCUGAUAAAAUAUCUGAGAGUUUGUAUAAGAAAAAUGUAGAUGAAACUGUGGAAGAAGUUUAUGAUGGUGAUUAUAAAGGAAAAGGUAGGGAUGUGAAGAAAGUUGUAUCUGAUGCUCUUCACAAGAGAGGAGAGGAUGAUGUUGAUGAGGGCAGGAGAAAACCAGUUAGGGGAAAGGUGACUGAGAGUGAAGAGGUGAAGAGAAGGUUAGGAGGUUGGGAUGAAGAGAUAAAAGAAGGAGAGUUUGGAAAGGGAAUGGUUGAUAUGGUUAAGGAUACUGUUGAGUCUUGGUUUGGGAAACCAGGUGAGAAUGAAGCAACUCAAGGUUAG